UAUUACAUUUUUUCCAGGCGAAAAUGGCUGCCUCUCUCAUCUAAACCUCUGCUCAAAGGAUUAAAAGAGCAUGAAAUAAAGGCCAGAAAUCGCAGUCCCGCUUCAAGACAGCACCGAUGGACGCCAGGGCGUAGUUUGUGCGGCGUCCUCCGAAGAUGUUGUGGCUGCCAGAGAAGGAAAAUGUAUGCGAUUCGACAUUAACCCUUUCCAGCCCAGCAUCCACCAACAAAUAAGAAAAUGAUGCAUCAAGUGAGCAGCAGCAACAGUGACUAUUGUAUGAGUGCACUGGCAGAGGACUGUCAUCCAGCCAGCCACUUUGAUCUAUGUAGCACACAAUCCAAUAAAUUCUACCCCUCUCCGACAACCCCUGGUUUGCAACUGUCCCUUGCGGGCCUUGCCCCUCUGCCACCGGGCAUGCACAAAGCCAUGGCAUGUCAGGUGCAAGACGCCCAGAACGACUUCCAGGCUCAGACAGUGAGAAUCAGGGGCGGUGAGGCUGCAGGGCCCGAUGGCUCUAAGAAGAAGAAGGGCAUGGUGAAGUCGGGGCGGAGAGGGAGGCCAUCAGGGACCACAAAGUCAGCUGGUUACCGAACAAGUACUGGACGUCCACUUGGAACAACUAGGGCAGCUGGGUUCAAAACCAGCCCGGGGAGGCCCCUCGGUACCACCAAAGCAGCCGGAUACAAGGUCAGCCCCGGCAGGCCCCCCGGCAGCAUCAAGAGUCUAGCUCGGCUCAAGAAGCUUGACUUUAGCAACUGCAGUGUUCCCAAGAAACUGGACUUCACUAGCUGUGAUGUUCCAUCUUUUCCAUAUGCCAUGAUGGAGAAAAGACCCCUCUGUGAGCCCAGUGGCAAAGUGGAUGAAACCAGCGAAUAGUUCUGCAGCUUUCUCUCUAGUGCUUGGAGGAAAAAAAAAAUAAAGAUUUGAGUGCAUGAGCAAGAGGAUGCUUAGGAAAAACAUUCCUCUCAGAUGUUGGAGGAAAGAACUUUUUGUCAUUUAGAAGUGGCUCUGAGUUUUCAUUGUACAUUGUUUAACAUUGUCUUCAUUCCUCUCAUAAUAAAAUGACUGACUUAGAAGUAUGUUAUUCCCGUUGGGCAGAGAUGCAUGCAUAUGAAUUUAAUCACACCAAUCAGUAUAAGCAAAGAUGUAUUUAUCAGUUUGUGGUUUGAACCUCACUGGAGAGUGGAUCUCCCCCCCCCAAUCAGCAUUUUGUUCCUCUGAAUUGGUACACGUUCUCUUACUCUGCUUUAAUAUUUCUAUGGCCGGGUUCUUGUGACAUUUUCUACAUUUAUAAUAAUUGCAUUUUAGUAACAACUAGCCAAUCAAAUCUGCUUUUUUCUCCUGAGCAUAAAUAUGUGGAUGUGUAAUUGUCCUCUCCGUGUCGUCCAGUUCAAUAUGUGUUUUAUUUUGUGAUAUUAUCCUAGCAUCAAGCCUAAAAAUGGGAACACUGCGAUACAUUUUUAAUUAACCGGUAAAACUCAACGCAUAAUAUCGUUUUGAACACAGUAUUUGUUAUUUCUGCACUUUGUGAGUAUAGUUUUUGAUUUUGUAUCGUAACAGCCUGUUUUUGUCUUCAAACUCACUUGAUAAGCACUUAACAGAUUUACAUGUAUGUUGUUAUGCUGUUCAUUAGAAGAAGAAAAAAAAACACUUUAUAAAACAGAAAAAAAAAGCUUUGUGGAAUAUGUAAUAAAUGCUAAUGUGUUGUAUGUGAAGCCAAAAUAAAAUAAAGAAAGUCUUUUCCAUA